AUGAAAUUCACCUUGGAUUCAGCUGUAAAAUAAAUUUAUCUACAUAAAUAAUUCCACUUUAUUAGCUAUUAGUAGACUAUAAAUUUGAAAGAUGUUUGAUAAAUUGUCCUGUAUAUUAUGCUUGGAAAAAGUUAGUCCUUUCAGUGGACAAAUAAAUAUAGAUUCAGAAGAGCUGGAGUCUGUGAAAGUCCGUGAAAUUAUCGAAAAGCAUUUCAAGGAAGAGCUGAGCAUGAUGGCAUACUUUUCAACGAAAGUUGUAUGCAAUCAAUGUUGGGAAUUGGUCCAAUCUUUUCAUGAAUUCUAUGUGCGUGUGCAGAACGCACACUUGGCAGCAAGUAACACUCUAAAAUCAUUGCAAGAGCUAGAGAUAGCUGUUACAGAAAUAAAAACGGAGCCUGACGCAAUAGACGAGUUAGCAUCACCUCCAAAACGUCGUCGUGGCCGUCCUCGUCGUCAAAAGAUGGCCGAAGAUUCUUUAGAGUUUCUGCCAAUCGCCUUAAAAGAAUGCAGUGUUAGAAUUGAGCAACUGACAUUUCCAAAUAACAAUAAUAUUCAAGAUAACCAGCAAGAUAAAAAUAUAGAAAAAGUAGAUAUUAAAAGUGAAAUAUUGCCAGAGGAAACGGCAGACGCAAAUUAUUCAUCGAAAUUAUCUGAUGACGGAAAUGAAUUAAGAAGUCCAAUACCUUCAAGUCCAAACGACCAUGAAGAUGUAGUGCAUUCUUUAUCACCGAAAAAGAAGGUUCGUACUAAAAGAAGGUUAAAAAGAAAACAAAGUGAACAAAAAAGAGAGCCAAAACAAAUAAAAAGAACACGGCAUAAAACAUCGGACUAUGAUGACUUCAUUGCCCAACAUUUUAAAUUAGUCUGCUUUCUUUGUCAAACAUCUCUAACAGAUUUUAGAGAACUUAAAAUUCAUUGUCGUGAACAGCAUCAAAUAGAUGGAUAUGUAAAAUGUUGUGGAAAGAAGUUAUAUAAACGAGGUGUACUCGUUGAUCAUAUCAACUUUCAUAACGAUCCCGAAUAUUUUAAAUGUCCGCGUUGUGACAAAUUGAUGUCCGACCGUCGAGGGCUUGAAACGCAUACUCAAUUUUUCCAUGGCUCUAGAGAACGCAUUUAUCGUUGUGACAUUUGUUCUAAAAGAUUCUUUCGUCGUGAAGUUCUUGCUCGACAUUAUGUAAUACAUGCUCCCGAUGAACAAAAAGUUGUUAAGUGCACGCAAUGUGAGAAAACGUUCUGCAAUGAAUACAAUAUGAGACAGCAUUUGAAGCUGGUCCAUCUACAUUUGUAUAACAAAAUAUGUGACAUUUGUGGAAAAUCCUUUCACGGUGGCGAAGCAUUUCGCCGACACCAGGAGGAACAUUCUGAUUUACCAAGGUCACUGAUUAAAUGCGAAUUAUGUGACGCUGAACUUACGACGAAGUACGGUUUGGCGCGUCAUAUGAAAGUAAUGCACACGGAGGAGUAUCAAACGCCCCAGGUCUGUCCCAUUUGCUCAAAAGUGUCACCAAGUCUUCGGUCGCAACAAACACAUUUUAAAUACAUGCACGCCACAGAAAAAAAACAUGUCUGCAAACUUUGUGACAAAGCCUUCAAGAGGCCCAACGACUUGCGAGAGCACAUGACGACACAUACUGGUGAAGUUUUGUAUACAUGUACAUUUUGUCCCCAAACGUUUAACUCUAACGCAAAUAUGUACGCUCAUCGUAAGCGAAAACACCCAAAGGAAUGGGCAGAAAAAUGUGCGAAGAAGAGAACUUCCAUUGGAAUUGGACAACUAGUCCAAAAAGAUUUGGUAUCUAUAAUGGAAUCGGCGGAUGCAGAAGAAUCAAAAUAGUAGGAAAAUCUUUAAUUUUAUGAUAAUUCAAUAAAAUUAUGAAAAUUCAAUAUCUUCUUCAAUAGAAAAUGCAGAAAGCUCUUAAAUUUAGUUAAGAACAAGCGAGCUAUCUUUAAGUAUAUGUUUAAUGAUAUGAGUAAAAAAUUAAGAAAUAUCAAUUGAAAAAUUGGCAAAACAAAUAAACCAUCUCAAUAUCUUG